GGAACUUUGCUGCUUAAAAGUAGAAGUGUGUAGAAGACAAAGGUGGAAGACAAAGAAAAGGCGACACUUCACAUUUAAAGUGCAAGGGUCUGGUGAAGACACUCGGACUGUUGUGCUAGAUUCGCCAUCCCCAGUUUCCACUAUAUUCCACUAUGCCAAGUACUGUCAUCCCCAAAUGGAAGUUCUGCUGCCAAAGAAUUCAAUUUCUUCUUGUUGUUCCUCAAAUAAAGGAAUAAAGCCUUCUAUGACUGUACCUUUGAAUCGACUAAACAUGGGAGACAGAAUAAGAAUAGCACAUGACAAAGCUUAUGAUAUAUUUGUGACACCAGAAAACUGUCAGAAGGACCUAGAUGUGCGCUUGGGAUCUACUCUAUGUGCAGAGGAGCAAGAUUUCAUCUGUAAGCGGAAAAGAUACGUUGCUGCUGCGUUGAAAAAACUUCUACAUCUAAAAGAAGAUCUGCAUGAUGAUGAGGUUCCAGUAGUGGCUGCGAUGACAACAGCGGGUGGUAUGAGAUCAAUGACAGCGAUGUAUGGCAGUGUACGAGCUCUCCAGAAGCUGAAUGUCAUAGACUGCCUUUCAUAUAUUACUGGUUUAUCUGGCACAACAUGGACUAUGGUAAAUUUGUAUGAAGACCCAGAGUGGUCAAGCAAGGAUGUGGAUCGCCAGAUCAGUGAAAUUCGAAAACAUGUGGUAAAAGAUAAAUUGUGUUGUUUUUCUGUGGAGAACUUGAAAUACUAUGAAAAAGAAAUGUGCCAGAGGCAGCAAGAAGGUUACAAGAUAACAUUUUCAGAUCUCUGGGGACUCCUUAUUGAAAGCAUGCUUAAUAAUAAGCCAAAUCCCUACAAACUCUCCAAUCAACGACAGGCAGUAAAUCGGGGUCAGAACCCUCUCCCCAUCUACGUUGCUCUUAAUGUGAAAGAAAAAUAUAGCACUCUUGAUUUUAAAGAGUGGUUAGAGUUUACACCCUAUGAAGUAGGAUUCCCAAAAUAUGGAGCAUUUGUUCGGACUGAAGAUUUUGGAAGCGAAUUCUUCAUGGGACAUUUAGUAAAGAAGAAUCCAGAAUCUCGAAUCUGCUAUUUGCAAGGCACAUGGAGUAAUAUAUUUUCCCAGAAUGUACUGGAUGCCUUAUAUUUAGCAGACUGUUCAGAGGACUUCUGGCACACAUGGACGAGAGACAGAAUGCUUGAUAUUGAUGAAGAAACUUAUCCUCCUCUUCCUAAGAGGCCAAAUGUGCGAUCAACACGGCUCUUCAUCCCCAGUGGCAAUCUCACAAAAGUGCUUAGAGAUGUUGUAACGAUGCGCCCAGUGGUUUCACAUUAUCAUAAUUUCAUGAAAGGCCUGCAGAUGAAUAAUACAUACUUAGAGAAUGAUGCCUUUUGUACCUGGAAAGAUACAGUACUAGAUUCUUCUCCCAAUCAACUGAGUAAGACACCAGACCAUCUGGAACUUGUUGACGCUGCUUUCUUCAUCAAUACCAGCUGCCCACCUCUUCUAAGGCCAGAGAGGAAAGUGGAUCUUAUUUUGCAUUUGAAUUAUAGUGGAGGGUCACAGACACUGCCAUUGGAUUUAUCUACAAAGUACUAUGCAAAGCAAGGUAUCCCAUACCCUAAGACUGUGCUGAGUGAAGACGACAGGAAGAAUCUUAAGGAAUGCUAUCUCUUUGAUGAGGCAGACAAUCCAAAGGCACCUAUAGUGCUGUAUUUCCCGCUAGUAUGCAACACUUUUCAAAAAUACAAAGCACCUGGUGUGGAACGCAGUCCUGAUGAGAUGGAGGAUGGUGAAGCUGAUGUUACCAGCACUAUAUUUUCCCCUUAUGCCACUGGGUUGCUGGAGUAUACAGAGGAGAAUUUCAACAAGCUGGUGAAUUUGACCAACUACAAUAUUCUCAAUAAUGAACGUAUGAUUCUGAAGGCUCUGCGUAUUGCUGUGGAGCGAAAGAAACGGCAGAAAAGAAAGUCUUUAUUUUAAUCUUAUUAACCAUCUCAGAAUGCAUUUUCCUUAUUUUCUGGCUGCAGAAGCUACCAGAGUUGGUUUAUUUUUGCUGUUGGCCAGUAUUGCGUAUAGCUAAUGUUAUUAUUAUGUGACAUGUAUACAAUACCUCAAGUGAGCAAAGGGCUGAACUUUGGAGUGGAUGUCCUGAACUGCAGCUAGGGUUGCCAGCCAAACUUGGCAGCCCACUGGGAAGAUUUUAGGGGUGGAGAGAAGCACAUCAAUGUCACACAAACAUGCAAUGUCACUUCUAGUGAAAAUCAGAAAUGACAUCAUGACAU